GCUCAGCCGACCUGAUGGAAACGGCUUGGGAUCGGGACACGGUCGCCGCGGGGUACGCCAGGGGCAAUUCCAUCAGGGAGUAUGCACGCCGUGAGCUCUUCAGGAUCACCAGUCGCCAGAAGGUCCAGGAGGCCAAUCGAGCGAGGCAGCACAAAGACCACGACAUCAACGAGCCGGAGUUGACGUGGAGUCCGAAGGCGAUCCUCCUGCAGAGGAGACACAGGGACGCGAAGUACCCCUUCAGGUGGAGCAAGUACUCCAUCGGGAGCGACCUGGAGCUGCCUCGGGGGUGCCGGUGCCUGGGGCGCCUGUCGAUUCCACGGCUUCACCUAGGGGGAACCGAGGAAGAGUUUCAGCGGGCCGUGUCUAGUGCCGCAGCCGAGGCGGUCCGCAGGAACCGAAUGUUAGACCUGGGCCCUCGGGCCCGACGGCUGCCCACCCGGGGGGAGGAUUUCGGCGGGAUCCCUUACGGUAGAGUUCAGCAGCAGAUUCAGGAACGAGAGGCUCCCCGGUCCCGGAGUCCCGAGCAACGAGACGGCCCUGGGGCCGAGACCUGGGUUCUCUAUGAGGACCUCGACGAGGAGAUCCCGGAUGCUCUAUGUCUGUUUCAGGAUCGCUGUGAGGACCCCGGCUCGUGGAACGAGCGAGCCGACUACGUCGAGAAGAGCCUUGAUUCUCAUCUGAAGGUCUGUGGGUGGAGUGGAGACUGGCAGACAUAUCUCAACGGGAACGCGGACAUGUUUGUGGAGGUUUUUCCUGGAGGCACGGCAUCUAUACUUGCGUCCCGGGUCAACAAUCCCACUGUAGGCGACGCCCUCGAGGCCAACAAGGCAGUGGGCAUGUUGCGAAGUACUGCCUCGAUUCCAAUAACGGUGUGGAGAUUCAAGAAGGGUCAGAUGAUCUUUGGCACGGCCUCAGAUGCGGGUGGAAUCGGUGCUGCCCGGCCAG